UCUAUAGCGCACUGUAGAUGCCUUAGAUCCCUACCGACUCUCGCAGACGCUGGAUCGCGAAUAGAUCCUCGUUGCUUCUCGCGGCGUUCAUCGAUUUCCCCGGCGGAUCUCCAAGUUCGAAGAAACGUUGAGUGUUCUAUGGUGGCGUAUCGUGGCUGACAAGUGACCGGAAGUCGGGAGAACACUAGAAAAUGGUACCAUUGAAAGAAUACGUUUGCCGACUGUCGCCGGAAGAGAGGGAGUACGUGGCGGAACAUUUGAACGAGACGGACGAGAACAGAACGGAGAAAAUUGAGGAACUUAGACAGUGGAUCUUGGAAAAUACCGAAAUUCAUUCACAAACUGACGACUUCUUUCUGCUGCGCUUCCUGCGAGCCAGCAAGUUCAACAUGGAGAAAGCGAAGAGCAAGCUGCAAAAUUACUGCAAGCAGAGGGACACGCUCCCGGAAUGGUACAGCAACAGGAACCCGUUUCUGCCGGAGCUGCAGGAGCUCCUUGAUCUUGGGGUGCUACUACCUUUGCGAAAGCUAGACAGCGAAGGGAGAAUGGUGGUGAUCGUACGCGCGGCUGUCCAUAAACCCUCCAGGCACAAGAUGGCGGACAUGCUAAAGGCCUCUCUGAUGACCCUGGACCUAGCUCUAAGCGACCAUGAAUCGACAACCGUCCACGGGAUCACCGCCAUUUUGGACAUCGGCGGGAUAACGUACGAGCACGCGUUACAAUUACCGCCAAGCAUGAUCAGGAACCUGGUCCACGCUUGGCAAGGCUGCUACCCGGUCAGGAUCUAUUCCUUGGACUUCAUCAACGCUCCCAGGUUCAUAAACGUGAUGCUGAACGUGUUCAGGAGCUUCAUGAACGCGAAGCUCAAGAAGCGGGUGCACGUGCACAUGAAGGACAGGCUGAAGCUGCACAAGACGCUGCCGACGGACAUUUUGCCGGAGGAAUAUGGCGGAUCGGAUGGUACUCUGAGGGAUCUGAUCGACUAUUGGAAACACGAGGUGGAGGAGCACAGAGCAUGGUUUGUCGAGGAGGAAAAGUACAGAUUGACGUCGAUUAACUUAGUAGAUUGACAGUAAUUCAUGGUAACGAGGGAUCCCGUAUGCAGCCGGUCGACCGAUAGAAACCUCCAAUGGUAGAAACGCUUUCAGGCUUCCGAUGGAUCUACGAGUAGCGUUUCCGCGUGCUUUUUGUAAAACCUUUUUUCUUGUUGUUUUAUUGUUUUUUAUACAGAUAAUUAUCGUAAGGAAAAUAGAAAUGUACACACCGUAUCCGGUCUUCCUUAUUCGCCCUCGCGGACGAAACAGAAACGUAAUUCAACUAAAAAGACAUAAUGCGACGGGCACGACCCGCCGUUACCGUACAAAACGUAA